AUGCCUAAAUACUCAAAAUUUAUGAGAGGCUUCCUCACUCAUAAAAGGAAAAUUGAAACACUGCAACUAGUUAAUUUAAGUGAAGAAUACUCCGACGUACUACUUAACAAACUCCCACAAAAGAAAAUUGACCCCGGAAGUUUCACCAUCCCUUGUUCCAUUGGGGGAUCACCCAUCCGCAAUGCGCUAGCUGAUCUUGGGGCUAGCAUUAAUCUUAUGCCCACAUCAAUGUUUGACAGACUCGGACUAGGUAAAACAAGCCCCACAAAGAUGAGCAUACAACUUGCCGAUAGGUCUAUCAAAUAUCCACAAGGUGUCGCCGAAAAUCUAUUGGUGAAAGUCGGAGACUUUGUCAUACUAGACAUGGAGGAGGAUACCAAAGUACCACUCAUUCUAGGAAGACCAUUCCUAGCCACCGCCCACGCAAUGGUCGACAUGAAUGGUGGGACAUUAACAUUGAGGGUUGGGGACAAAGAGAUGGAGUUUGGGGUUGGGAAAAGAGUAGAAGACGACGGCCCGGUCAACUACAUGAAAGUCAUAGACUCCAGUUUGGAUGAUGCUCUCCGAAGUAUUCAAGUGGUUCCGACUUCAGAAUUGUCCGGGAAUGUGAAUCUGAUUGUGGAUGAUAGCUUCUGA